UUCAACAUAAAAACUCUUUCUAUCGAUGCAUUUAAUUCCAUUUAUUAUAAUAGAUUUUCAUUCACUCUUUGCAUGCAUGUAUGUCUUUUAUUUAUUUGACUUAUGAUUUCCCAUUCUUACUAAUUCUGAAGUUUCCAAAUUCUUGGAAGUGAUCAUUGAUCGUAAAAGAUGAAAGAAAUUAAUGUAUCGUCACCAAUGAUGAUAUCGAAAUAUAUAUUUUUCGUUAUUCUCAUAACAAUACCAAUCCUCCUUUUUCUCUCUAAUUGGAAUUCAUCGUCCUCCGUCGUUACAACUACCACCACCACCACAUCGUAUUCGGAUUCAAAUCUCAAAAUCCGACCCGGAUACACCACAUACGAUACCUACCUACAAAAGCAGCUAAACAAAACUCUGAAUCCCAAACUCAGAAAAAUUUGGAUGACUCGAGAUUGGGAUCGGAAAAUUCAAGUUUUUUCGAAAUUCUUCACCGAUCUAAAAAAUGAAAAUUUUCUCUCAGAUUCAUCGAAGGUACUCUGUAUUGGCGCUCGAAUGGGUCAGGAAGUGGAAGCAUUGAAACGAAUCGGAGUUUCGGAUUCAAUCGGAAUGGAUCUGGUACCGUACCCGCCAUUGGUGAUGAAGGGAGAUUUUCAUAAUCAACCGUUCGAUGAUCGGACGUUUGAUCUGGAAUUUUCUAACGUGUUUGAUCACGCACUUUUUCCGGUGAAAUUUGUAUCGGAGAUUGAACGGACGUUAAAGUCCGGCGGGGUUUGUGUGUUACACGUGUCGUUAUCUAGACGAGGGGAUAAGUAUUCGGCGAAUGAUUUGUUUAGUGUUGAACCGUUGAAGAAACUUUUUAAGCGGUCUGAGUUAGUUCGUACUCAAACCGUUGACGGGUUCGGGUUGGAUACUGAAGUUGUUUUUCGAAAAAAAAAAUGAUUUAACUUUUUUAUGAUUAUGAAAUCGCUAUAUAUCGAGAUAGGUAAUACGAUGGGUUGGCUAAUUUAGGAAAAAGCUUGUACAUAUGCAUGUUUAAUAAGCUUUAGUUGAAGUUGGGCUGAUAUUUUUUUUAUUUUUUCUUUGAUUUAUUUAUUUUAUUCCAGGUUGGAGUAAUGCUAGAUAUUAAAUUUAUUUUGAAGUUUAAGUAGCUGCAAUGUACUGUUUGUAGUCGAUUAUAUUAGAAAAAUGCUCUCUCUUUGCUAAGGA